UAAAUGCUCUUUGCGCGCGUUAUCCUCCGUGGGGCGGCGGGAAGCUCAUCAGUGGGGCUACGAACUGAGUGCGCUUAGUCACUCUAUCCAAUGUCCCUUGGGAAGGUCUGAGACUAGGGCCAUAGAGCAGCCCUAACAGGGCUCUCCCUGAGCUUCGGGGAGGUUGAAGAUGGAGUCCCCUGAGGAAGGAAAGCCUGGGUCUUCAGCACCACAUGUGCCAGCCCAGAAGCAGCAGUGUGAAAACCUCUCUAACAUCUGCAGACCCCUAAAAAUUAAGGAGACUUUGAUUUGGACAUUCUCAGUAGGAAUGGUUAAAGGCUAAUGGGACCAUAGAGAGAUGCCAGAUGCUUGAUAGAUCCUGUAGUUCAACUUGAUUCCUAGAGAGAAGCAGUUCAUAUGAUACCAGAAGAUUCUUUUCAGCAUCUGAAGACUUUAUUAUCUAUUAUGUCUUUGUGUGAAGACAUGCUGCUUUGUAAUUAUCGCAAGUGUCGUGUCAAACUCUCUGGUUAUGCAUGGGUCACUGCCUGCUCUCAUAUAUUCUGUGAUCAGCAUGGUAGUGGUGAGUUUAGUCGUUCACCAGCUAUCUGCCCUGCCUGCAAUAGUACUCUUUCUGGAAAGCUAGAUAUUGUCCGUACAGAACUCAGUCCAUCAGAGGAAUAUAAAGCCAUGGUAUUGGCGGGACUUCGACCAGAGAUUGUAUUGGACAUCAGCUCCCGAGCGCUGGCCUUCUGGACAUACCAGGUACACCAGGAGCGUCUCUAUCAAGAAUACAAUUUCAGCAAGGCAGAGGGCCAUCUGAAGCAGAUGGAGAAGAUAUAUACUCAGCAAAUACAGAGCAAGGAUGUAGAAUUGACCUCUAUGAAAGGGGAGGUCACCUCUAUGAAGAAAGUGCUAGAAGAAUAUAAGAAAAAGUUUAGUGACAUUUCUGAGAAACUUAUGGAGCGAAAUCGCCAGUAUCAAAAGCUCCAAGGCCUCUAUGAUAGCCUUAGGCUGCGAAAUAUCACUAUUGCUAACCAAGAUAGUACUCUUGAACCAUCUAUGAUUGCACAGUCUGGUGUUUUUGGCUUCCCACUAGGGAACAACUCCAAGUUUCCUUUGGACAGUACACCAGUUCGAAAUCGGGGUGGUGGAGAUGGAGAUUUUCAGUUCAGACCAUUUUUUGUGGGUUCUCCCACAGCACCUGAACCUGCCAACAGCUUUUUUAGUUUUGCCUCUCCAAAUAAUGAAUUAGAGCAGCAGCCAGUCUCUAGCAGGGCCUUUAAAGUAAAAAGAAUUUAGUUGACCUCACAGAAUUUUCUCUGUUCACUUUCAGUAAUUUCAUUUAGUAAAUAAUCUUUGUUUCACAUAGGAGUCACCAGCCUUUUGUGUUUGUACUGAAUCUUCCAAGUUGUUUUCACAUUUCCAACUUAUAAGAGAUUAAGUGGCAGUGGGCUGCAGGUGGCUUCAGAUUUCCUUUUCAGUUUCUUUUAUUAAACUCAAUUUUAGGGUAAACUGUUUUCAUUGGUAGCAAAAAGCUUACAAUAUUUUUGGGUGUUUGUAGAUCACCAUUUGUUUAUGUUUGAGCUGUUUCUGGCUGAGCCCUAUGUUUAAGUAUACUGUAUAAGCACCUCUGUUUUAUGUCUACAUGUCAGUUUGGGUUCUGGUGUGUAUAUGUUCUUUUACAUUUCUUUUUGUUGUUGCAUUUGACAGUAUGUUUAUGUGAAAAUUUUGGUUUCAGGAACUAGUGAGUGAGCCUAUAGCUUGUUAUUUGGAAACAUACAUUUAUUUGUAUAUACUUAAUGUAUUUGCCCAUGUAUGAACUUGUUUGGAGGUGUCAUAUCAGUGAAUGAAGAAAGGUACAAUUUGAUGCAUGUAUGUUUAGUUCCUAUUUCUAUUUAAGAGUAAUUCACAUUGAUAAAGUUAUGUUGAAAGUUGACUUCUUGGCAUUUAAGAUAAAAUUACUUCUUUAUUUUUUUGCUAGCUGUUGCCCUGGAUCUACUUACUUAGGAAUGCACUUCUACUGCAGGAAACUUGCCAGUAUGUUGUUGAUCUCAAGAUUAUAGUAAUUAAAAUACUUUUAACGAUUUA